UAUUGCUAUGGCUCGUUGAUGCAGACAAAGUGCCCUUUUCAAUCAUCACUCUCUUGAGUCUUUUGUGGCUUUCUCAGAACUGAAGGGUCAUUGAUGGAAGGCAAUUCUAGAGAGUAGACAUUUAAGAAUACAACCUAUGGUUACAAAGAAUUAUGAAACUCUCCUACCACAUUACCUGGGGCCUUUUGCAGUGGAUAUGGUUUUCUCAUUCUUCUAAAUAACAGAUGGAAACUAUAUCCCCGGAUGCUCCGGAAUGUUGCUAAAGUAGAUCUGACCACCUCUGUUUUGGGACAGAGGAUCAGCAUGCCUAUAUGUGUUUCACCCACAGCCAUGCAAUGCAUGGCUCAUGUGGAUGGAGAGAUUGCUACUGUGAGAGCAUGCCAUUCUGUGGGAACAGGUAUGAUGCUAAGCACCUGGGCGACCUCCUCCAUUGAAGAAGUAGCCCAGGCUGCCCCUGAGGGCACUCGCUGGCUGCAGCUGUACAUCUACAAAGACCGGGAGGUCACCAAACAGCUUGUGGAGAGGGCUGAGAGGAACAGCUACAAGGGCAUUUUUCUGACUGUAGACACUCCUUACCUGGGCAACCGCUUUGAUGAUGUGCGCAACAGGUUCCAAUUACCACCACAUCUCAGGAUGAAAAAUUUUCAAACCAACGAUUUGGCCUUUUCUUCUGAGGAGGGUUAUGGAGACAACAGCGGCCUGGCAGAAUACACAGCGAAUGCAAUUGAUUCAUCAAUUAACUGGAAGGAUAUUACCUGGCUGAAGAAAUUGACAACCCUCCCAAUUGUUGCCAAAGGCAUCCUCCGAGCUGAUGAUGCCAGGGAAGCCGUGGAAUAUGGUGUCAAUGGGAUAUUGGUGUCCAAUCAUGGUGCUCGCCAACUGGAUGGAGUGCCUGCCACUAUUGAUGUCCUGCCUGAAAUUGUAGAGGCUGUGGAGGGAAAGGUGGAGGUGUUCUUGGAUGGGGGUGUACGUAAAGGAACGGAUGUGCUGAAAGCCCUUGCUCUUGGGGCCAAGGCUGUAUUUGUGGGGAGACCCAUCAUCUGGGGAUUGGCUUAUCAGGGGGAGAAAGGAGUGAAGGAGGUUCUGGAAAUGCUGCGAGAAGAAUUCCGGUUGGCCAUGGCUCUUACUGGGUGCCGGAAUGUAAAAGACAUUGACAAGACAUUGGUGAGGACAAAUCCAUUGGUUGUUUCCAAGAUCUGACAGUGCACACUAUUUUCUCAUCUGUAUUCUUUCUUUCAGCAUGUGUUUCUUGACAAAGAGACACUGUGCAGAGGGUGACCAUACUCUGUAAUUUUGAGUCACCAUACAAAGAGCGUCGUUCUUCCCCAACAAAAUAGAAACCCCUUUGAGUUCACUGCUAUUGACUUUUCAAUGGAUGUCCCAGGAUCAUUUAAAAAAAAUGCACUUGCAUCCUAGGAAUAUAUUAGCUGUUAAAAAAGAAAAUAUUGAAAAUGAGUUUAAACAACUCAAUUCUCUAAAAAGGUAAAAAAAAUAUACUUUGGCAAAACUUGGGGCCCACUACUGACAAACAAAUGACUGAACGGAGGUGUUCUCUUAAUCAAAUUGGUGGAGAUAGCCUAAAAAUUGUGUCUCUUAAGAUUGAGGUCAUGGGCUUAAGGACAGAUUGGAGGCAGGGCUGUGAAACUGACUUGAGGAAUAAGAAGCAGGCUUUGCAUUAUUUGGGAGUGUGUCACUUGAUGAUAUAUGAUAAGCAGUUUACUUGUUUUACAACUGAAACCCUCUCUUGUCCAUGGUCUAUUUCCCUUUUGUCCCUUCUGGGUACUAAAGAUCUAUAUUACCCUAAUUCCUUUGAUCUUUUCUGAUGACUUCUUCACCUCUGUUAUUUUCUUAUUUUCUAAAUCAUCUAUUACUAUUACAGUCUUGGGUGAUGCCCACAAAAUCUCCAGACUAGAAGGGUUGUUAGAAGCCAUCCAGUCAAUGUUGUCCAAGGAUAGGAAUAUCUUCUACAGUAUUUUUGACAAGUGGUCAUCUGGGUUCAGUUUGAAAGUGUACUAAAGAAAAGCUCAUUACGUCUCAAAAUUAUGAGAAGGUUGGAUUUUUUUCUCCUGAGAAAAGUCACUUAACUACCUUAGCUCCAGUCUCCCAAGGGUUAAAGAACCCUUUGCAGUAUAGCAAAAUGAAAAUGUUGGAGGAUUAAUCACUGCCUGAAAAUACCACACAUUUUGUAGAUCUUUCCUCUACUUUUCAAAUUGGGAUGACCCCAUUUAUUACUCUAGCCUUAUAAAAUUCACUAGCGUAAAGAUUUACUAUACCUGAUUUUUUUUUAAAGUAACUAUACCUACAGAAUUUUGUUUUCAAGUGUGUAGAGCAAAUACUGUAGUUACACUAUUGGAUUUGAAUCAGAGGAUUUUUUUCCUUUUUUUAAAGCUGAAAGGGACCUUAUAGAGUAACCCCCUCAUUUUAUGUAUGAGGAAACUGAGGCCUGGGAAAAUUAUGUAACUUACUAAGGUCACACAAAUAGGAAUCAACAGACCUCAGAUCAUACCAAUUCAUUUUUUAAAUUAGUUCUGGAGUCAAUCAACAUCAAUAAAUCAAUCAUCCCAAAGGCAUUUAUUGGGUCCCUACUAUAUACUAACUAUGCUGUAUAUAAAAGUAUCCAGUGUGGUGCCUAUGUCACAAAGAUUUAAUUUUUUACUAAAUAAUACAUAUAAUUUUAAUGCCUAAAACCUUAGGGAUUAUCUAGUUCAAUGCGCUCUUUGGGUAAAUGAGAAAAUAAAGAGAUUAAGUGACUGGUCCAAGGUGUCUUAGCUUAUAGGUGGCAAAGCCACCUCUUGUCUAGCAGACCAGAGCUUUACUCCACUACCUCCCUUGUCUAGACUAGAUCUAACCAAAGAAUAAGUUAUUUCUUGGGAACUUGUCCAGAAGGAUCAGAAAACCUCUUCAAAAUUAUAUAAAUGGAGAACUAAGAGCAGAGCUCAUGAAAUGUGAGUUUCUCUUCUUUUGUUUAGCCCAAAGAAGCAUUCUUCCAUUUCCUUGAGGAUUCUAUGUCAAUGUGGAUUUUCACAGAAAUUUUCAGGGUAAGACUACAUCCACAGGGUAAUGCUGGUAAAUGUUUAACAAUUGGAUCUCUGGAAGAAAAAAAAAAGUGUGCACAGCACACCCAAGUGCAAUCUUUUGUAAUUAAUAUAGUUCCAUAAUAACUCUAUCACUUUCUUGUGUGUAGAUAACUAAACAGUAAAUCAAGUCUGAUUUGUAGCAUUUGCCAUUUUCAAGGUGUAAAUGAUCACACUGAAAAUUUAACAACUGGCUCUCUCAAGACAAUCUGAGAUGGCUCUAACAUACCUAGUGUGUACCCAUUUCUAUUAUAGACGUUUUCAUGAAAAAAUCAUAUAGUGACCUGAGCAGGUAUGAAGAAUAUGGAGAAGUGAAAAUAAAACACAAUGAUAUCUCUA